CCCCCCCCUUUCCUCAACCUAGGCUCGGCCGGGGCUUCUAGGCCCUUGCCGCCGGGGGCUUAACGAGAGGGAGGAGAGGAGGAAAAAAAAGAAAAGGUAAGGGCGGCCCGAGUGAGUUGGCCUAGAAGUGAGAGAAGAAAAGGGGGCGACAAAGGUGGGGGCGCUUAUGUGCGGAGGGGCAAGGGAGGAAAAUAAAAAGGGCGCGCAAGGCCUCUAAGGAGCCGUCACCGCCAGGCAAGGCCGCUGGGCCUCCCUCCGCCGUCGACGACGCCGGGAGAGGUAUAAUCUGCUACAUAAAGAGAAGAAAAUAACGAACAAGUACACUUAGCAUCUACAGUUGCUUUUUGAAUGCAUUUCUAAUACAAUAGUGAUCCAGAAGAUGAUAAAGAAAUGAUAGCAGCUCAAGAAGCAACAACUAAUUUUGCUCUGCUUCAGGAGUCUGAAACCCACUUUUCUUCUGAUACUGACUUUGAAGAUAUUGAAGGAAAAAAUCAAAAGCAAGUUAAAGGAAAGACUUGCAAAAAGGGGAAAAAAGGCACAGGAGAAAAGGGGAAAGUUGGAAACGGAGGAGGGAAGCCUGGUGGUCCAAAUCGAAUGAAUGGGCAUCACCAGCAGAAUGGUGUGGAAAACAUGAUGCUGUUUGAAGUCGUUAAAAUGGGCAAGAGUGCUAUGCAGUCUGUAGUGGAUGACUGGAUAGAAUCAUACAAGCAUGACAGGGAUAUAGCACUUCUUGAUCUCAUCAAUUUCUUUAUUCAGUGUUCAGGCUGCAAAGGGGUUGUUACAGCAGAGAUGUUUCGACAUAUGCAAAAUUCUGAAAUAAUUCGAAAAAUGACUGAAGAAUUUGAUGAGGAUAGUGGAGAUUAUCCACUUACCAUGGCUGGUCCUCAGUGGAAGAAAUUUAAAUCAAGUUUUUGUGAGUUCAUUGGUGUGUUGGUCCGGCAGUGUCAGUAUAGUAUCAUAUAUGAUGAAUAUAUGAUGGACACAGUCAUUUCGCUACUUACAGGACUAUCAGACUCACAAGUCAGGGCAUUUCGACAUACUAGUACACUGGCAGCUAUGAAACUGAUGACUGCAUUAGUGAAUGUGGCAUUAAAUCUGAGCAUUAACAUGGACAAUACACAACGUCAGUAUGAAGCAGAACGAAAUAAAAUAAUUGGAAAACGAGCUAAUGAUAGACUGGAACUCUUACUACAAAAAAGGAAGGAGCUUCAGGAAAAUCAGGAUGAAAUAGAAAAUAUGAUGAAUGCAAUUUUUAAAGGUGUAUUUGUUCAUAGAUAUCGAGAUGCAAUAGCUGAAAUAAGAGCGAUUUGUAUUGAAGAAAUUGGGAUCUGGAUGAAAAUGUAUAGUGAUGCCUUCCUCAAUGAUAGCUAUUUAAAAUAUGUAGGGUGGACAAUGCAUGACAAGCAAGGGGAGGUAAGACUCAAAUGCCUCACCGCUUUGCAAGGACUUUAUUAUAAUAAAGAACUUAAUUCCAAAUUGGAACUCUUCACCAGUAGGUUCAAGGAUAGGAUUGUAUCUAUGACUCUUGACAAAGAAUAUGAUGUUGCCGUACAAGCAAUAAAACUACUUACUCUUGUUUUACAGAGUAGUGAAGAAGUUCUGACUGCAGAAGACUGUGAAAAUGUCUAUCAUCUUGUUUACUCAGCUCAUCGGCCAGUAGCUGUAGCAGCAGGCGAAUUUCUUUAUAAAAAGCUUUUCAGUCGCAGAGAACCUGAAGAAGAUGGAAUUCUUAAAAGAAGGGGAAGACAAGGCCCAAAUGCUAAUCUUGUCAAGACAUUAGUAUUUUUCUUUUUGGAAAGUGAAUUACAUGAGCAUGCGGCUUACUUGGUGGACAGCAUGUGGGAUUGUGCAACUGACCUCUUGAAGGACUGGGAAUGUAUGAAUAGUCUUCUGUUGGAGGAACCACUCAAUGGAGAAGAACCCUUGACGGACAAACAGGAAACUGCACUGAUUGAAAUAAUGCUGUGUACAAUUAGACAAGCUGCUGAAUGUCAUCCUCCUGUAGGAAGAGGCACAGGAAAGCGGGUACUUACAGCAAAGGAGAAGAAAGCACAGUUGGAUGACAGGACAAGAAUCACGGAACUCUUUGCUGUGGCACUCCCUCAGUUACUAGCAAAAUAUUCUGUAGAUGCAGAAAAAGUCACCAACUUGUUACAAUUGCCACAGUAUUUUGAUUUGGAAAUCUAUACAACAGGGCGACUAGAAAAGCACUUGGAUGCCUUAUUGCGACAGAUCCGGGAUAUUGUAGAAAAGCACACAGACACCGACGUUUUGGAAGCUUGUUCUAAAACAUACCAUGCACUCUGUAAUGAAGAAUUCACAAUCUUUAACAGAGUUGAUAUUGCAAGAAGUCAGCUAAUAGAUGAAUUGGCAGAUAAAUUUAAUAGACUUCUUGAAGAUUUUCUGCAAGAGGGUGAAGAACCUGAUGAAGAUGAUGCUUACCAAGUCUUAUCAACGUUAAAGAGAAUAACAGCUUUUCAUAAUGCUCAUGAUCUGUCAAGGUGGGACUUGUUUGGUUGCAAUUACAAGUUGUUAAAAACAGGAAUUGAAAAUGGAGAUAUGCCUGAACAGAUUGUUAUUCAUGCAUUGCAGUGUACUCACUAUGUAAUCCUUUGGCAGCUAGCAAAAAUUACUGAAAGCAGCUCUACAAAGGAGGACCUUCUGCGCUUAAAGAAGCAGAUGAGGGUAUUUUGUCAAAUCUGCCAGCACUACCUUACCAAUGUAAAUACUGCUGUUAAAGAACAGGCCUUCACUAUUUUGUGCGAUGUAUUAAUGAUCUUCAGCCAUCAGAUUAUGUCAGGAGGACGUGACAUGUUAGAGCCAUUAGUUUACAGUCCUGAUUCUUCGUUGCAGUCUGAACUGCUCAGCUUUAUUCUCGAUCAUGUUUUCAUUGACCAGGAUGAUGACAGCAACAGUGCAGAUGGUCAGCAGGAUGAUGAAGCUAGUAAGAUUGAAGCUUUGCACAAAAGAAGAAAUUUACUUGCGGCUUUUUGUAAACUUAUUGUAUAUACUGUGGUAGAAAUGAAUACUGCUGCAGAUAUUUUCAAGCAAUAUAUGAAGUAUUACAAUGAUUAUGGAGAUAUUAUCAAAGAAACAAUGAGUAAAACAAGGCAGAUAGACAAAAUUCAGUGUGCAAAGACUCUAAUUCUCAGUUUACAACAGCUAUUCAAUGAGAUGAUUCAAGAAAAUGGUUAUAAUUUUGACAGAUCGUCACCAACUUUCAGCGGCAUUAAGGAGUUAGCUCGACGUUUUGCUCUAACGUUUGGACUUGAUCAGCUGAAAACAAGAGAAGCCAUUGCUAUGUUACACAAGGAUGGCAUAGAAUUUGCUUUUAAAGAGCCUAAUCCACAAGGCGAGAGUCAUCCACCUUUAAAUUUGGCAUUUCUUGAUAUAUUAAGCGAGUUCUCUUCCAAACUUCUCAGGCAAGACAAAAAAACAGUGUAUGUUUACCUGGAGAAGUUCAUGACCUUUCAGAUGUCUCUUCGAAGAGAAGAUGUGUGGCUUCCACUCAUGUCUUAUAGGAACUCAUUGCUAGCUGGAGGUGAUGAUGACACUAUGUCAGUCAUCAGUGGAAUGAGUGGUCGAGGGUCAACAGUAAGGAACAAGAAAACAAAGCCAGCCACAGGGAAACGGAAACUACCUGAAGCCGAGGAGAGUAGCAGUAGUGAUAACAUGUGGAUGAACAGGGAGCAGACAAUGCACACGCCGGUCAUGAUGCAGACGCCGCCACUCACUUCCACCAUCAUGAGGGAACCCAAAAGAUUGCGGCCUGAAGAGAGUUACAUGGGUGUCUACCCAAUGCAGGCUGAACACCAUCAACCUCCAAUUGACUACAACACGCAGGUAACAUGGAUGUUGGCUCAGAGGCAGCAGGAAGAAGUAGCCAGGCAGCAGCAGGAGAGAGCAGCAAUGAACUAUGUGAAGCUGAGAACCAACCUGCAGCAUGCCAUUCGACGUGGCACAGGCCUCAUGGAAGAUGAUGAGGAGCCUAUUGUUGAAGACGUAAUGAUGUCAUCAGAAGGGCGUAUUGAGGAUCUCAACGAAGGCAUGGAUUUCGAUACUAUGGACAUAGAUCUACCACCGUCAAAGAAUAGGAGAGAAAGAACAGAGCUAAAGCCAGAUUUUUUUGAUCCUGCUUCAAUCAUGGAUGAAUCGGUUCUUGGGGUAUCAAUGUUUUAAUACCAGUGCAGCGAAUAACUCCGCCGUGAAGUCGUUUUCUAAUAUGAAAGAGGAGAUUUUUAAAAUUAAAAAAAUUGCGGUAGAUACAGUGAUAAUCUGAACAAGAUUUUUCUCUAAGGAGAAUGAUGUGCUUACAAGAUCAAGUGCAUUGAAGGGGCAGUUUUGUUUGCCUGAAACAUAAAGGACAAGUAAACAACCUGAGGAUAAGCUACACUUUCUGUUGGAAACCCAGUAUUUUAUUUAUGUAAUACUAGUUCAUUUCCAAAUCCAUAGUGGAGAUUCCCUUUUUUUUUUUUUUUGGAAAUUCCCUCUCUGCUGGGGAGGUGCUUGGUACAGUUUCAAGCUCUGCUCUUCAUAUGCGGUUGGAUGCAUUCAAAUGAUUAUGAUUUUUUCCCUAGAUUAUAUUGUUGCAAACUUGUGCUGAGAUGACCGGGGGCUUGUUUUCAAACCCUAGCAUUUGUAGAACCGGAAGAGAAAGUUUAAAACAUUUUCAGCGAGACGCUCAAAAUUCUGGGCAACAGAAACGUUUGGUUCAGUUAGUGAAAUGAAGAAAAUACAGGCUGAUUAUUUUAGAUUUUUUAAACAAAAACAUCCCCACACUUCAUUAUUGCAUAUUCAUGAAACAACUAGGAACCAUGAACUGCCGGAAAGCACUGAGAUCAAUCCUGCUUACCCAUUAACAACCCUGAGAGUUUGCUUGUCCUUUAAGAAAAAUGUAAUGUUGUGAAAUUCCUUCCAGUAGUGCCACUGUAUUUUGUCUCCAAAUAAAGAAGCUUAUUGUAGUAUGUUUGCAGAAAAAUUCUAAACAAAAAAAUAUACAGCUUAUUAGAGUGUGGGAU